UUUUUGGGGGGGGGGGGGGAUCUGAUUCGGUUCAGUGGUGUGGAUAUUUCUAGAAGUAAUUAUCGGUUUUGUCAUUUAUUUAAAGAGUCUACGCUGAAGAGAAAGUUUACCUCAUUUGUGGAGCAGUUGCUGUUUUGGUCAACUGACUUGACAUCCCAAAAUUUGUUCACUGUUGCCGACCCACAGUAGAUUAAGAUGAAUCAAAGUGCAGCCAGUUUCCGGAAUGAAGACACAAAUCCAUGCCUUGAAGAAACUCGUGCAUCCCAGAAGUGUCUGGAUACCAACAACUAUAAUAGAACAUUGUGUUCCAAUUAUUUUGAGCAAUACAAGAACUGUAGGAAGUAUUGGCACAGUGUAAUGUUACAGAGAAGAAGAACAGGUGUGAAGCCAGACAUGCCCACUGCUGCAGAGAGAAGACAAAUACUUGCUGCUGCUGUGGACAGACCGUACUGAGGAGCUAACAGAGCUGAAUUCAGCAGAGUGCCUGGUCCUGGACACUUGAAACAGAAUAACAUGUUUUGCUGUGACUUCACAGCAGCUGGACACUUGUCAAGCUGAGGUGAGGUGGAGGCAUCCACCUGUUGCUGUUCUUAUUGUCGAAUAAAAAAAACAGAAGGUUGCUUUCUUU